UGAGGCUUGCCACUGCUGGUACGAAGCUCGGGCUGAUGACGUGUGAGGGGGACAAUUACAGGGAGGUCCGCUUGAUUGUGGAGAGGAGCGGACUGUAUCCACUGGUCAGGUGCAGCUAUGUAGAGACGGAUCCAGGGCUUAUAUCGGCCCUUGUGGAGAGGUGGCACGAGGAGACUAGUAGUUUCCACAUGCCAUUUGGGGAGAUGACUGUCACCCUUGACGACGUCUCCGCUCUUCUUCACAUCCCGGUUGGUGGGAGAUUCUACACUCCAGGAGUGGCCUCGAGAUAUGAUGUGGCAGAGACCUGCGCUUUGCUGUUAGGGGGGGAUGCAGAUUUGUACAUGGCUGAGUUUGAUAAGCUUAGGGGUCCGACUAUGAGGUUCAGCUUCUUGCGAGACCUUUACCCGAAAGCUGUUGCAGAGGGGCGGUACGAGCAUGCAGCCAGGAUGUACCUGAUGCAUCUUGUUGGCGCGACAUUGUUCGCCGACAAGAGUGGGGGGCACUCAUUCUCCGCCCGUUGGAUAGGCAUGCUACAGGAUCUUGAGCGGGUGUCGGAGUUCGCGUGGGGCGCCAUGGCCCUUGCCACGUUGUACGACCAGCUUGGACAGUCUUCUCGCAGCGGGGUCAAACAGAUGGGCGGUUACACUUCCCUGUUGAUGGCCUGGGUCUUUGAGCACUUUCCAGACAGGCUCGUUCGCCGGUAUGCGAACCCGGCUUACACAGAGGACCAGCCCAGAGCUCGUAGGUGGACAGAGUCACGGUCGGGGCAUGCUAGGCUUGACGAGAGGCGAGUACUACUUGAUGAGUUGACGGCCGACGACGUCACUUGGACUCCAUAUGAGGCCCACAGGGAAUGGCGACAGCGGGAUGAGAGGGCUUUGUUCUCAGGCUACAUUCGGUGUCCCUAUCCCCCUGCUGUGCGACCUCAUCUUCCGGAGCGGGUCAUGCGACAGUUUGGGUAUAUACAGACGAUCCCGCGCCACCCUAGUGAGAUGGAUAGAUCUCCCGCAGCUGAGGCUGUUGAUGCGGCAUUCGCAGGUUAUGUGCAGUACUCAUUCCCUGAGGGCGACCCUGCUAUAGAGGAGGGACAGGCUGUGGGCGGUUACAUGGAUUGGUACGCUAGAGUGUCUCAUUGUUUCAUCAUACCGGAUGAGAGGAGGAUUGAUCUCAGUGCCGUGGCUGCUUUGCGUAGGGCUUUAGAAGUCCUUGAGUUGUCACUUGAGGUGGAUGAUGCUUUGCUGCCAGGCACACAGGCCCGCGCUUUAACGGAGAGAGCACUUCGCAUCCUCCAGGACUUGGCUGGGACACAGGGCAUUGCUUACGCUGCUGGGAGAGGAGGUCUGGGAGCAGGUGGCCGAGUAGGUGGCCGAGCCGGCGGCCGAGCAGGUGGCCGAGCAGGUGGCCGGGAGGGCGGCAGGGCAGGAGCCAGGGGAGGUCGUAGGGGCAGUAUGACGAGCACAUUUUUCUAUGAUGAUGAAAUGCUGCUUCUAAAACAAGAUAAUGAUGUCAGUGAAGGAAUGUUGCUUCAACAACAAGAUAAUGUUCAGCCUAUAAGUGUGGAUACCACUCAUUUAUGGUCGACCGAUCAGAUAUUUGAAACUGUUGAUGACCUUAAACAAUGGGCUAAGAAUGUUGAGAAGGACAAUGGAUAUGCGAUUGUGACUGGAAGGUCUGAUUAUUCCAGAAAAGGUGGAAAUAUGUAUAUUGUUCUGCGGUGCUCGAAGCAUGGUGUGUACAUCCCGUACAAGGACCCUAAGUCCUUCAAGUACAACUCCACCGGAUCACAAAAAUGUGAUUGUCCUUUUAAACUUAAAGGACGACCUACGGAGGGUGAUAAAAAUUGGUGGCUGAAAGUGUUGGAAGGGGUACACAACCAUGAACCAGCUAGAUCUUUGGUUGGCCAUUCCUAUGCUGGUCGACUAACAGAAGAAGAGAAGGUUCAAGUCGACAGCAUGAAUAACAAUUGGGUCCCACCGAGACACAUGUUGGCCACUUUGAAGGAAAAUAAUCCGGGUAACUUGUCUACCAUCACUCAAGUGUAUAAUCGCAUCAAAAAAGUUAAAGAAUUAGACCGCGGGCCACUUACAGAGAUGCAAUAUUUGCUGAAGAAGUUGGCAGAAGCCAACUAUGUUCACUUUGAAAGACAUGAAGAAGAUUCAGGUGUCAUUAUGGAACUUUUCUGGGCUCAUCCUAAUGCUAUUAAACUCUUCAACACAUUCCCUCACGUGGUAAUCAUGGAUUGCACAUACAAGACAAACAAAUUUCAAAUUCCAUUGCUUGAAAUGGUUGGCCUCACUUCUACUGGUCUGACUUACUCCAUUGCAUUUUGCUACAUGACUCGUGAGCGCACACCUGACUAUGUUUGGGCCUUGGAGUGCAUGAAAUCUCUACUUGCUGACCCUGCCCGAUUACCUGGAGUGAUUGUGACUGAUAGGGAAUUGGCUUUACUCAGUGCUGUUCGGAAUAUUUUUCCUGAGGCUACCCAUUUACUAUGCCUAUUCCACAUAAACAAGAAUGUUGAGGCAAAGUGCAAAUUGUGGGUUGACACAACGGAUUUUAAAGCCUUAGUGAUGCAAAAGUGGAAUGAAGUGGUAUAUGCGGAAACAACUACACAAUUUGAGGAGGAAUGGAGCGACAUGUGUGAUAUGUGUAAGGAUCAUCCAAGGUUCACAUCGUACAUUUAUGACACUUGGUUGGUUCACAAGGAGAAAUUUGUGAAGGCAUGGACAAACAGAGUGAAGCAUUUUGGAACGACAACAAGUAACAGGGCUGAAAGUGCACAUGCAAGCUUGAAGAAGAUGCUUAGGAAUGGCAAGGGUAACCUGUGCGAUUCAUGGGAAGCAAUUGAUAGGUUGACCAUCGUACGCCACAAUGCAAUACAAGCAUCGUUUGAGCGCAGUAUUAACAUUGUAGAGCACCGUUUCAAGUCUCCAAUGUAUAAGAAUAUGAGAGGAUUCGUUGCUAAACAUGCACUUCACCUAAUGUAUGAUGAACAAAACAGAUUUUGGGGUCAUGGUGAGAAAUGCGGUUGCGUGAUGAAAGUCACUCAUGGACUACCUUGCGCUUGUGCACUUCAGAGUAUGGCCUCAAUUCCGUAUGCAGCAGUUGAUCCAUUCUGGAAGAUACUUUCUUGGGAACAAGUGCCUGUUGUGGAGAGUCAAACCUCAAACAGUGGAUGCAUGCCGCUAGAGAUUGAGGCUUUAUGGGCUCAUUUCAAUACCUUGGAUGAUGCGGGCCAAAGUAUGCUGAGAAGGAAGCUUAAAGAGCUUUAUUGUCCUCAAAUCAGUUCAUUGUGUCCUCCUGAAGUGAAGAUAAAGCACAAUCAAUCGUCCAAGGAGAGGAAAACCAAACCUCCCAGAGGUCAAUCAAUAGGAUCCACCCAGCGUGACCUUUCACAUUGGGAACAUGUUGGCAAUCAGACCAAAGAACAAGAAUCGAAAGCUAGCAAGAGGAAACCUAGGCUCACCAAAACUCCUAAAACAACUCCAACAUCGCAAGCUCCUAAGUCAAAGAACAAGAUGGCUAUGACGGCCACCGGCUCCAAAAUCUACUUACCGGAGUUGUCAUCUUUUUUAUGGCCAUAUAUACAUGAAGUGAUAGAUGUUGUCGGGGAUGGUAAUUGUGGAUACAGAGCCGUCGCUGCAUUGCUGGACCUUCAGAACGGUCAGGACAGUUGGCCUCGGGUUAGGGAAGAGCUGAUUGUAGAACUCACACUCUAUGAGAAACACUAUACACGCAUGUGGGGUUAUGAUGUGAGCCACUAA